AUGUUGGGGGAGCUUCCCCCCGUCGUGGCGCUGCCGUCAAACGUGGCCGAGGCGCUCCGGCCGGUGCCGUUGUUCGCGCACACCGCGGGGCUGUACGAGGCGCCCCCCGCCUCCCCGCACUGCCGCCGUGGUAGCGGCGGCGGCGAAGCGGCGGUGAUGCCUCAGCGGGUGGGUGCCGCGCCGCUGCCACGCGCUGAUAGCCGCGGCGAGCGGGAGGCGGCGUCGGCGUCGCCGCGAGAGGCGCCCCGCGGCGGCCCCCAGCCCUCCUUCGCCUUCGUCGGGCACGGCAUGGAGACCCUCACGGAGCAGGACGUCGACGUCCUCCUGAAGGUGCUGGAGACCCGCUACGGGAAGUACCAGGCGGCGAAGCAGCAGAGCACGGAGCGGUAUUUGACUCGCAUAGAGACGGACGUGGACCGCUUUUUGGCGACGCACUACGGCGGCGGCGACGACGACGCCGCCUCCCGCUUCGGCGGCGGCGUGGCGUCGUUCAUAAAGAACACGCUGGUCUCACGGAUCCCUUCGCCGCGGCGCAGGAUAGACGGCUACGGGGCGCGUCCAAAAGGCACCGAAGCCGCGGCGACUGCCAGCAGCACCACCAGGGGCUGCGAGAGUCGAACGGACGGCCUGCCGACGCUGAAGGCAUCCUCCUACACGGCGAAUGCCAUUCCCUUCAACUACCUGGAUGUGCGUCCGGCGAACAUGGAGGCCAUUGCCGCGAACCUCGUGGUUCUGCGGCACUGCCUGGCGGAGUGUUUUGCGCCGGGGAACACUGUGCAUAAGUCGCUGCUGGGCCCCAUUGUGCGCGGGGUGUGGGAUCAAUCACUGCGGCCGCUGCAAAAGAGCGCCAAGGAGCUGUUAGAGGUGGCUCAGCAAAACGUGCGGCCGCCGCUGGAGUACCUUUUUCUCCGACGCCGGCGCGGCGACGCGGCACUCUGGCGGGAGCGGCGGGCGAAGUACGACCGCGUCGCCACGGCGCUGCAGGACGAUCUGAAGUACCUCCACACCAUUCACGAGAUGGACCGGGAGGUGGUUGAGGGGCAAAUGCAGGCGCGGCAAGCCGCCGACGAGGGACUCUCGGACUACGUCCCUGUCAGCGGGCUGGUGCUGUCGCGCCUGCACCGACUGGAAAACGAACACCGAACUGUUUUGGAGUUUUGGCGAAGCCGAUAA